UAUGUGUGCACCUCUUGUAGCUGUGUGAACGUAUGUGUAAAGGUGCCGAUUUAUUGCCUCUCUUUCAGAAAAAAUCCAAAUACUCGGCAACGAGAAGACUUCUAUUGAAGGGCAAGCUAUUGAGGAAGGCCGAGGCCUUGCUGAUUGUUGAGCAGACAACCAAGGCUGCUGAGAGAGAAGCGAAGCUUAAGGAGAACUGUCCGCCCCUCAAACUAUCUGGCCUCACUGUGGAGGACCUUCAGGCGCUCCUCAAGACCAUGCACAAACAGAUUGACGUCCUCGAUGAAGACCGGUACGACCAAGAGGUGAAGGUUGCCAAGAAUGAGAACGAGAUCCAAGUUCUGACACAUAAGGUCCGGGAGCUGAAGGGGACGAAGAGGCCCAACCUGAAGAGGGUGAAGAAGACCGGGGACCUGGUGCUGAGCGGGGCCAAGCUGCCCGCCAAGUCGGACUUCAAGGUCGCCCUAAAGACAGUGAAGAAGGACGAGGAGAAGAAGGAGGAGGUGACUGACUGGCGUAAGAACGUGGAGGCCAUGUCUGGCAUGGAUGGGAGAAAGAAGAUGUUUACUGCUGCUCAGUAGGGAAAGAUCCACCGAUGUUCAGCGGCGUGACAACUCCCUCACAUUAAUUUCCAUAGUUCAGCGUGGUCUAAAUUGUACGCGCUAAUUGCUAGAUGAGGCUGCCAUAUGAAGAUAUGAAGAGAUUGAAAUAACCAUUUUUCUUUUUGUAAAGUGGAAUGUGUGACAUUUAAUUUAAACGCUUUGUACUGUUGUAAGAAAAAUAAUAGCAAUAGAAUAAAAUAAAGAAUAUAUUCAUACUGAAUUGAACUUGACGAACACAUUACGUUUAUCCACCGAAAGACUCAAUGAGGGAGUAUUCUGUGCGCUGCGGUGAUCGUCCUUCUAUACCUUUUGAACUGUGGGGGGCAGUAUAGGUCAGGAGGCAGACAUACAACAACACAGAGCACUUUGACAAAGUGUGACCGCUCUAGCAUUAUCUCCACCAGGGGGGGUGCCCCAAACAUGCCAAAACAUCAACGUCAACUUCUCUAAAAGUAAAGUUGAGGCAUAAAUACAGUUAUUUCUUGUCUCCCACUUAAUCUGGCCCAAGGUCAUGAGGUAGGUGUGUGUGUGUGUGUGUGUGUGUGUGUGUGUGUGUGUGUGUGUGUGUGUGUGUGUGUGUGUGUGUGUGUGUGUGUGUGUGUGUGUGUGUGUGUGUGUGUGUGUGUGUGUGGAGGAGGUA